AGCCUGCUACGUCAUUAAUCGAAUAGCUGAAGCGCGACAGCUUACAUGCUCCUAUCCUUCUUUGAUUGAAGCACCUCGUCUGCUGAACGGAAAAGAAUGUCGGGUUUACUAAAGAGAAACACGAAGAAGUCAGCCACCAUUUUGCGGGCAGUUCCAGCAAGCACGGAAUAUGAAGCGGGUCUCCACAUUCGUCAGCAAGACACAGCAAUGCAAGUUCCGUUGUCUGCAGAUGAUAGCAACUCACCAUUAUCAGCCGGCUCUACUGUACCAACCCCUUCAAGAUCAGCAUCUAUCUGGCGUAAGCCGUGCAGAAAGAGGAAGCGCAAUCCUUCGCUAGAUGCAGGGACGGGAGCCAGUCCUACGGCAGAGAAAACGUCGACAUCGAGCCACGCAUCGCUUACAGGUGCGAUUGGAACUUACAAACACGGGAAGAUCCAAUGGCGAAGAAGGGAUCGCAGCUCCCCCGUCAGCCACAAGAGAAACAACCCAAGCAGGGAGAAGCAGCCGAGCCCAAAGCCUAAGAUACAAGUAGUAAUCCCUUGUGGAAAACCACUUCCCGCUCUUCCAUUUUUCGACUCAUCCCCCAUCGAGCUUGAAGGGAACCACGAAGUAUCGCCACCAUCAGCAAGCCACAAUCGUAUGCGGGAUUCUAUCGUAUCUCCACUUGCGCAGUCGCAAACGCAGUGCAUACCAAGAUCAGAGCGCCACAUUCCAGAGCAUCCCAAGAGCAGCUUCGAAUCGAGUAGUUCGAAUAAUGAAUCACAAGAGAGCGAUGCCUCAUCGCUGCAUAGCAAUCACUCUUCAGAGACCAGCAUAGAGAACGAUAUCUCUCCCAAGCAAGAAAAGUCAUUACAACAUUCAGUGUAUCUUCCAAGUGGCCAGACUAUAGUGCCUGGAGGAUCGUUGUAUUCUUCCUCUAGGAUCACAACGAAUUCAGCAGGGGACAAUUGUCAUGCUCCACCGACGGUGCCACCUCGAGCAUACAUCCACCGAUGUUCCAGCGAGGAGGACCUCCUCUUUCAACCGACUUGUGCCCUACAUGUUACACAGCGCAAGCCAAGGUUGAGCCGAAAGUCCUCCAAACGGAGCGGUCUGUGGGAGAAUUCUGCCGCGGACGCGGGCAUGACCAUGGUCAACGAAGCGAUCUCCUUCGCAUCUGGAGCAUUUCCAAUACCUCCACGUGCAUCUAGCCCUACGCUCAGUGAGGCUGAGUGUGACCUGCGCGCUCAAUUGGCUUCUUCGUUUGGUAGUAAUAGCGAUCCUCGGACAUGUCUCCAAGAUCGGAUGCCCCUUGCAGAAGGCAACCCUUUCCGGGAGGGCGUACAUGAACUUCCAGCUGAGGGCGGGAAAUUGAUUGAUACUGAGAGCCAGCCCCGGAUAGAUCCGGUCGAUGUCGUACUACCUGACACUCCACCUCCAGUCGUCCCUCGCAAAUCCAGCAGGCGACAAUCGGCUGCCAAGAAGACAAUCGGAGUUGACUGCCUGCCACAUAACCACAUCGCUUCGCAGAUGAUGCAACAGUGCUCCCGAUCGAGCACAGCAUUGACCCUUAUGAUUCCGCAGUUUAAAAGAUCAAGUGUGGAUCUAGUAUUCUCCUCGCCUCCUGUUGCAACGCACGACGCCCAGCCGACUAUUACGCCUGCUGGAGCUGAGAAGGUUAUACUCAGUAUUUUUCAACACCUGGACCACUUCAACGAUCUUUUUGCCGCGGCUCUUGUUAAUCAAGGCUUCUAUCGUGUGUUCAAACGCCAUGAACUCGACCUCAUCAAAUCUACCCUGCGGAAGAUGUCGCCGCCAGCCUGGGAGUUCAGGGAGAUUGCCUUUCCCCGACACGACCAUCUACAUGCAGAAGACCUAGAGACGACACGACCUGAAGAGGAAUACAACCCCGCGUCAUAUCUCAAGCUUCAGAAGCGAGACAUUCAAGUCAUACGUGCCAUCAAGUCAGAGAUCUUGGAGAAGUGUCAGUCCUUCGUUCGACCGGAAAUAUCGGCUGCGCUCGUGAGUGCAUGUCCAGCCGAGUCGGCCAGGGUCGAUGACGCUUUGUGGCGUAUCUGGACGUUCUGCAAGAUAUUCGGCUCAGGAAAAGGACGUGAGGAGGAUAUCGUUGCCCAGAUGGACUGGCUCAAUGGCGGUAUGCUAGUGCACCAGGCCACCUGCACCUUCAGCAUCAUGAGCACAGAUUUCAUGAGCGACACAUUGAUCGGCGCACCGGAGUGCUUUGGGCAAGGGAAUGUAGGUGGUUUGGCCGCCGAACAACUUUUUGACAUGAUGGAAUUAUGGACCUGCUUCUCGGUUCUGCUUCAGAAUUUCGAGGGGCGCACUGUUCAGGCUCGACAAGCUGGCAUCUACGACAACACUGAUAUUCGAGGUGGCGAUAUUGAUGGCGAAGAGAUGAUGCUUAACGAGUGGAUCUACUAUCUUCUUACCUUCGGCCUCGACACUGUCGUUAGGCUCACUGGUCCAUAUCACCCCUCGGAUCCAAGAGCCUUCACUAUUGCAGCUGAGAAAGGAUGGGUGAACUGGAAGCCCCCUGUGCUUGAUGGUACCCGACAACACUUCCUCAAAGAAGCAGCCCGACGCGUGUACGAAGACAAGAUCGCGCACAAGUACGCCAAAAUAUCUAUCCGCGAUGUACAGCGUCAGCAGUCCAAGAUUCGUAUUCAGAAACACAUACACGAUCUGCAGCAUCGUAAGAAGAGUGGUGAGCCUCGGCCAAUGAUUCGUAUGUCUCAGGAAAGGCCCAUGUCAGAGUGGGAUACUGUCAUUCGAAAUUUGACACGACCGCCGCCUCCACCCCAAGGCCCAGGGAAUGAGAUCAUCACGCAUGUUCCAGCCCUGAGAUCAGCUUCUGCAGAGGAAGUGGCAACGUCUGUACCUCUUCCCGCUUCCAGGUCAACGUCCAGCAGAACGUCCUCACCGCCUCGUCGAACUAUUGCUCUGCCGCUGCUUCCAACACCUCCACCCUCAACAGUACCUAGUAACCAUGAUCGACGUAGUGUAACUUCAGAUCUACCAUCCAUUGAAGAGCAACCACCGUUGCCGCCACGCCGGACGGUAGCCCAGCCUCUUCUCCCAUCCCCUUCAGCAUCAACGGUACAGAGUAACCGUGAUUUGUACACCAUGGGCAGUGUAUCAAGCGUGGGCUCUCCACCCCGUCGUAUGUUUGCUCAACCGCUUCUACCAACACCGUCACCCACAACGGUGCCAAGUAACCGUGACUGGUAUCGCUACAGCACGGGCACCUCAAUGCCUUCUAUUCUUGAAGACCCACUCCACCAUCCUCUUUCAGAACCGCCCGGCCCGCCUCACCCCGCGUUCCGACCUCAUCCCAGGUCAUUGCCUUACAGCGAGCGCCACAUGCGUCAAGGCAGUCAGUCCUCUGGAAGCUUCAGCUCCAGAAGCGAAGCCCUCCAACAACACGAACAGCAGCACCACAUCUUUGGAUCUCGAAGUCAUGAGAAUACGGCCGACAAAGCGAUAUAUCGCAUCGUGGAAAUGGGGUUCACAGCCGACCAGGCGAGAGAAGCGCUAAGAUUAACAGAUCUUGGCGACGGAUUGAGAGUCGAUCGGGCGGUCGAGUUCUUGCUCAGUCGGCAGGCCUGAGCUUGGCAUGUGUUUAGAGAUCGCAAAUCCUUUGCCAAAAACUGGCACUUUCCUUUCGUAGGCGACGUAGCAUGUUUUCGGUCCUUCAUUACCUUAGCGCGAGAUACCCAUCCUUUCGUUCAAUUUUCCUAUGACAUGUAGUUUAUAGUCUAUCUAUGUAUCUUCUUUCGCAUACACUUUCCGAACUACAUGCAAUUGUUAACCUGGGUGCCUGGUCAUCCACCGGAAAAAACGGUUGGAGCCGUAGGAUCGGCUGUAAAUUACCUCAAGGGGACGUG